CUACAAAUAUAUGCUUUGGAAAGCUUGAAAAUAACUCACUUCAUCACUGGGAGGCGAUAAAGAGCAAUAUAUCUGAUUGGCACCGAGUCUUAAGGAAAUAAGAGGAAGUGCUAAAGAAAAAUGGCAGACGGGAAAGUGAGUGAGAGUGAUGCCGUUAACCGGUUAAUUGGUAAAAUAGAGUCACAUAAUUCAGCUGAGGAUGACAGCUCGGAAAGUUCUGGAGCUCAGUACCCGCAGGACCUCCGAAGCGUCCUGGUUACCAGUGUUUUAAACCUGGAGCAGCUGGACAUUGACCUCUACAGGGGAACGCACCACUGGGUGCCACGCACACGGCGCUUAUUUGGCGGUCAGAUCAUCGGCCAGGCUCUGGUGGCUGCUGCCAAAUCGGUCAGUGACGAUCUCUAUGCCCACUCGCUCCAUUGCUACUUUGUGCGAGCAGGAGACCCAAAGGUACCGGUUCUGUACCAGGUGGACCGCACUAGAGAUGGGCGCAGUUUCACUGUACGCUCUGUGAAGGCCAUCCAGCACGGACAGCCCAUCCUGAUCUGCCAGGCGUCCUUCCAGCUGCUGCAGCCGAGCCCGCUGCAGCACCAGUUCCCCAUGCCGGUGGUCCCUCAGCCUGAAGACCUUCCCACCGUUGAGGAGAUCAUCCAGCGUUACCUCAGUAAACCAGACCUGACAGAGAGUGCAAAACAAGGCCUGAACAAACUCCUGGCUACCGAGGUUCCCAUCGAGGUGAAGCCCGUCAGCCCAGCACAGUUUUACCGCCACGUUUCAGGACAACCACGGAGGCUGUUCUGGGCCAGAGCGCGAGGACAUAUCGAUGGCUUUUGUUCCCAUGCAGGUGAAGGAAACAUGAAGUUGCACUGCUGUGUGGCCGCCUACGUGUCAGACUUUGCCCUCCUAGGGACGGUACUGCUGCCAUACCCUAAAUACAAGGCCCGCUUCACCGCCUCCUUGGACCACGCCAUGUGGUUCCACAGCACCUUCCGUAGCGACGAGUGGAUGCUGUACGAGUGUGACAGCCCCUGGGCAGGAAGCAGCAGAGGACUGGCUCAGGGCCGGCUGUGGAGAAGAGAUGGGGUCCUGGCUGCCUCGUGCUCUCAGGAAGGGGUCCUCAGAGUCAAACCUGUCCCAGAGAACAGCAAGCUAUAGCAGUUUUUAUUACAUAUUUGCUAUAAUUAUGAGUGACAUCUGCUGUUUUAAGUGUUUUAUGGAAGGAUUGCUUUUAAAGUAUUCAAAUAUCAAAUUAAAAUUAUUUAUGCAUUUGGGGGAGCGAGUACAAUCUUUCUAACUUCUAGGGUUUUACAUGUCAGGACUUGAAUAACAUUUUUUCAGUUUUAUGAACGAGUGUGAUACGUUUGUACACUGGUGGCUAAAAUAUAAGCCAUGUUAGAACCUAAUGAAGACGUGACGAUAUCCGCAGAUGCAACCAGAUGUGCCGUUUAUUGUGACUGUGUAGAAUUUAUAACAUUGUCUACCAGCUUGAAAUAUUUCAAUUUUAUGAAUAAAUUUUUGUUUAUUAACAUUCCCAAAGACAGAAAAGCCUAGAAUGGAUUUAAGCUUUUCUGUAUUUCUUGGAAACAUUCAUGCAAUGAUGUUAUAUAAUAUAAAAGUUAAUAUACAAUGUUGACUCCUUUUGUUGAUUUUGUUGCAACAUUUCUGACCUGUGGUGCCUUGAUAGCAUGGUAACUUGUUUUUAAUGUAUCAUUUUCCUUACAGGGGUAUCCCAGAAGUCAGACUUGUUUCAAUUAUUGCACUAAUGUCAAAAUGUGCUUUGUAUUUAGCUUGAAUGUGAAAAAGUUAAGAGAAUUCUGCACUGUAACAAUAAAGCUUGUAACUUGUGAUAAAA